AUGGCAUCUGGACCCAACAUGAUGGAUCCCAUCUGCCUGGUAGAAAACAAAAAUGCACAGUUUUCAGUGAAUCAGAAAGCUCUACAGAUUCUUGAGAACAUUUCUCAGCCAGUGGUGGUGGUGGCCAUUGUAGGACUGUAUCGUACCGGCAAAUCCUACUUGAUGAACCGUCUUGCAGGACAGAACCGUGGUUUCCCUCUGGGCUCCACAGUGCAGUCUAAAACCAAGGGCAUCUGGAUGUGGUGUGUGCCUCACCCUUCCAAAUCAGACCAUAUCCUGGUCCUUCUGGACACUGAGGGCCUGGGGGAUGUGGAAAAGGGUGACUCUAAGAACGACUCAUGGAUCUUUGCCCUGGCUGUGCUUUUGAGCAGCACUCUAGUCUACAACAGCAUGAACACCAUCAACAAUGAUGCCUUGGAGAAAUUGCAUUAUGUGGCAGAGCUCACAGAACUCAUCAGGGCCAAGUCCUCUCCAAAUAUGGGUGGAGUAAGAGAUUCCGUAGAGUUUGUGAGUUUUUUUCCAGACUUUAUCUGGACUGUACAGGAUUUCACCCUGGAGCUUAAAUUAAAUGGUGACCCUAUCACAGAAGAUAAGUACCUGGAGAAUGCCUUGAAGCUGAUUAAAGGUUCAAAUCCCAAUGUUAUAAAGUCCAACGUACCCAGGGAGUGUAUCAGGCAUUUUUUCCCAAAGCGGAAGUGCUUUGUCUUUGACCGGCCAGUAAAUGAUAAGCAACUCCUAGCCCAUAUUGAUGAAGUUUUAGAAAGUCAACUGGAUCCUAAAUUCAAGGAACAAUCGAAUACUUUCUGUUCAUAUAUCUUUACCCAUGUAAGAACCAAGAUCCUCAGGGAAGGGGUGAAGGUCACUGGGAAGCGUCUGGGGACUCUGGUUGUGACCUAUGUAGAUGCCAUCAACAGUGGAGGAAUUCCUUGUUUGGAGAAUGCAGUGACAACUCUGGCCCAGCUGGAGAAUUCAGUGGCCAUGCAGAAGGCAGCUGACCACUACAGUGAGCAGAUGGCCCAGCGACUGAGGCUCCCCACAGAGAUGCUCCAGGAGCUGCUGGAGGUGCAUGCAGCCUGUGAGAGGGAAGCCAUUGUAGUAUUCAUGAAGCAAUCUUUCAAGGAUGAAAAUCAGGACUUCCAGAAGAAGCUCCUGGAAAUGAUAAAGAAUAAGAAGGAAGGUUUUUUGCAACAGAAUGAAGAGGCAUCUGCUAAAUACUGCCAGACUAAACUUGAUCAAAUUUCGAAGACCCUAAAGGAAAGUAUUUCAGCAGGGAGUUUCUCUGUUCCUGGAGGGCACAAACUCUACAGGAAAGCAAUGGAAAGGUUACAGUGUGACUAUUUCCAUAUGCCCAGGAAAGGAGUGAAGACAAACGAGGUCCUCGAGAACUUCCUGCAGUCUCAGGUGACAAUCGAGAAAUCCAUCCUGCAGUCAGAUCAAGCCCUCACUGAGGUAUGGGGCUCAUAUCUUAAGGAGCGAGCCAGGAAGGAGGCAGCUGAGAGGGAACGCAAAUUGCUAAGACAGAAACAAUACGAGCAGCAACAGCAGAUGGAAGCUCAAAACAGAAGUCUCAGGGAAAACAUAGCCCAGCUGAGACGGAAGCUGGAGAGAGAAAGAGAAAACUUUGAGAAAGAGCAGGAAAGGCUACUGGAACACAGGCUGAAGGCUCAAAAUGAUCUGCUUACUGAAGGAUUUAGUAGAAAAGCUGAGGAAAUGAAAGCAGAGAUAAAACAUCUAAGAAACAUAAUUGAGAAGAGUAAAAAGGAUAAAGCUUCUUGGAUUUCAGAGACUCUGGAUGGACUUGCCGCUGAAGCAACUGCAAUUCUGUCUCUUUCUGCUAAAGUAAUUGGUUGGGGUCUGAAGGGCUUGAGCUCACUGUUUAAAUAG